AUGAAUGGUGAACAUAAAGAAAAAAAAUCAAAUAAUAAACUACUAUCACAUACUUAUAAUAAUUACAAAUUAAGUGAUUUACAAUCAAUUAAAUUUUAUAAUUUAUAUAAUGAACAAGAAUCACAUCAAAAAUCACAAAUAGAUUUACAACAAGAACAACAAAAUAUAAGUCCAUACAAAAGAUUGGGGAGAAGAAGAAGUACAUUAACUACAAUACCAACUAUACCAAGUACAAUUGAACAAUAUGAAGAUUCUUCUCAAUUAUAUAAUUAUUCACAAAAAAGAAUUUUAAAUACAUUAAUAACUAUUCAAUUACCUAAAUAUGAUAAACUACUAUACGUGAGUAAUGUAGCUGUUGAUGAAAUGAAUCCACAAUUUCAAAUUCAAUUACCUUCUAUUCCACCUCAUAUUCAUAAAUUUCUAUUAAAUCUUUGGGUUUUAAAUACUAGUAAAUGGAUAUUAUUAUGUCAAUAUAAAUUAAACUUGGAUCAAGUACAACAAAUUAAUUAUAGUAUAGAUGAUGAUUCGUUUGAGUAUUUCAAAAAUAAUUCAAUUUGUUUAGAAUUAAAUAAUAAAUGGUAUACUUUUAGUAAUAUGAUACUACCGAAUCAAAUAAUACUAAUAGAUCCAAAUAAAUCGUCAAGUCAUUUUACAAGAUCAAUUCCAUCAUAUACUUUUGAUCAAAUAAGAUCAAUCAAUAAUUUACACAAAUCCAUAAAGGAAUUAAACACUUCAAAAUACAAACUAAAGAAACAAAUAAGUAAAUAUAUCAAAGAUAUAGAUGAUUCAAAUUUAAAUACAUUGCCCAUAUUAAUAUCUCAAUUACAAAAUAAAUGUAAUGUACUUUCAAAAGAUAUAGAAUUAAUCAAAUCAAAAAUCGAAUCAAUAAAUUCCAAACUACAUCAAACAAAGCAAGAAACAACAGAUACAACAAAGUUUAUAGAAAAUUUCAUCAAGAUAGAAGAAAUGGUCACGGACAAAAUCGAAAUAUAUAAUUAUGAAAUUGAAACAAUAAAACAAAACAGAGACUUAAUGAAAGAAGAAAUAAGACAUAGAUUGAAAAAAGAUAUUAAAGUAAUAACCGAUAUUUUCCCAAUAAUUGAUUCACCAACUCAAAAUUCAUCAGCAUCAAUUCCAUCUUCGAAUUUUGAAAUUUUAGGGUUUCAAUUUCCUGCAAAUUAUAAGGACCUAAAAGAUAUUUGUUAUUAUAAUUCACAAACACUAACAAAUUCAUAUUAUCAACCACAUUUUGAAAAUGAUUCAGAACUACAUAAUUUUCAAAUCAAUCAAAUCAACACUUGCAUAUCAUUCAUUAUAAAAUUACUUGAAAUUCUAUCACGAACAACAUUAACUCCAUUAACUCAUAAAAUAGAAUACAUUAACUUUAAAUAUUAUAUAGUGGACGAUAAGUCUAUAAAUUAUCCCAUACUAGGUAAGACAUCAACUACAAAACCAUACAAAUUUCUACUAGAGUAUGAUCCGAAAGAUGAAACUAAUGAAAGGAUUCUUACUGGUAAUAAGAAAUUUAUAAUAAUGAAUCAAGAAUAUGAAUAUGGAUUAAAAUUAUUAAACAUUAAUUUGAAAAAUUUGAUAGAUUACAUUAAGCAAGAUAUUUAUGAUGUACCCUAUAAAGACUUGAAUAAUUUACCUUUUGAUUGUCAUGAUAAUUUAUUAUGGAAUUUGAAAUAUUUAGAGUUAUUAAUUACUGCUUAA